AUGGGCGGCAAAGACACGUCGUCUCCCCCAGACUCAUGGGUCCCACAACGGGCCGUCCAUGGGCCUGGUCGAGGGCCCCACCCCUCAACUGCGGGUCUCACCCCGAAGCGCUCACACUUGUUCUGCCCGCACCCCAGCGGGGGCCGCGGCCGCCCCGGGGCCUGCUCCCCUGUGGCCACGUGCCACACAGGCAGCUCUCGAGGCCUGGCGGCCGUCCAGGCUGGACGCGGGGGCUCCACAGCUCGCUGCCCCUCUUCCCUAAUGCGUCCGUUUAUCUGCUUGGUGCCGCCGGGGACUGAGCCAGGCCCCGCACGUGCCAGGCCGGUGCCCGACCACCGGCCACAGCCCCCGCCUCUCCCAGGGACCCUUUGGCUCCUCUUUGUCUAUGAAAAGGCCACUCUGUCCUCUGUCGCCCCAUCCCCGCCCCAUGAGCACCCCCACGAGGGGGCAGCCCGUGUCGGCAGCAGGGGCGCCUCUUCGGCCCCCCGCGAGCCCCGCAGAAGGCGCGUGCGGUUGGCCGGGGCGCGGGCAGCCGUCGGCCUCGGCUCCCCCGCACAGCCCUGGCGUGGCCCGGGACGGCCGCCAGCUUUUCUGAAGGGUCCUCAGCUGCGGAGUGUGGACAGUGGCGCCGUGGACCCGGAUUCUGGGCGGGUUCCCGAGAGGAAGCCGCAGCCCAGUGGCCGGGCUCGGCUCGUGGUGGCCGCUCGGUGGCGCUGGCCCCACUCGUACCGCGGAGUCCGUGUCCUGCUGAGGGACGUCUCCACGGACCCGCUCCUCCGGUCGCCCGAGGGCGUGCUUUCCGCGUCCCUUCGUCCUCGUGCCGUCCUCCCGCGCGGCGUCUUUGUGGAGCCGCCCUGUCCCGCCCGGCUCUGCCGCGCCUCGCAGCUUCUUCACGCAGCACGGACACCCGCGUCCGCCACCGCCUCCCGCGCACCCUCACCCCAGGCCCCGAGGUGCCCGCGCCCGCAGGCGGAGGGGUCCCCCAGGACCCGGGACGGCCCCUGCAGGUGGAGAGGUCCCCGAGGACCCGGGACGGCCCCUGCAGGUGGAGAGGUCCCCCAGGACCCGGGACGGCCCCUGCAGGCGGAGAGGUCCCCCCCAGGACCCGUGACGGCCCCUGCAGGCGGAGGGGUCCCCCAGGACCCGGGACGGCCCCUGCAGGCGGAGAGGUCCCCCAGGACCCGGGACGGCCCCUGCAGGCGGAGGGGUCCCCCGAGGACCCGUGACGGCCCCUGCAGGUGGAGGGGUCCCCCAGGACCCGGGACGGCCCCUGCAGGUGGAGGGGUCCCCCAGGACCCGGGACGGCCCCUGCAGGUGGAUGGGUCCCCCCAGGACCCGUCAUGGCCCCUGCAGGUGGAGGGGUCCCCCGAAGACCCGGGACGGCCCCUGCAGGUGGAGGGGUCCCCCAGGACCCGUGAUGGCCCCUGCAGGUGGAGGGGUCCCCCAGGACCCGGGACGGCCCCUGCAGGUGGACGGGUCCCCCAGGACCCGGGACGGCCCCUGCAGGUGGAGGGUCCCCCGAGGACCGUGACUGCCCCUGCAGGUGGAGAGGUGCCCCAGGACCCGGGACGGCCCCUGCAGGUGGAGGGGUCCCCCAGGACCCGUGAUGGCCCCUGCAGGUGGAGGGGUCCCCCAGGACCUGGGACGGCCCCUGCAGGUGGAGGGUCCCCCGAGGACCCGGGACGGCCCCUGCAGGUGGAGAGGUCCCCCAGGACCCGUCAUGGCCCCUGCAGGUGGAGGGGUCCCCCGAGGACCGUGACGGCCCCUGCAGGUGGAGGGGUCCCCGAGGACCGACCGUGA